AGUCUGGCGUUAUCAAGUGUGUUGGAGAGACGCCCUCCGCCCUCUCCUCAAGUAUUUUUCCUCGCUGAGUCGCCCCUCAUGCCGCUACCACCAUGAUUCUCUUGGAGAUUAAUAACAGAAUCCUUGAGGAAACGCUGACGGUGAAGAUUAGGAAUUCCUUAAAUGGCAACAAACCAGAGUCCAUUGACGUAACUAUAGCAGACUUCGAUAGUGUGUUAUAUCAUCUAUCAAACAUCAAUGGUGACAGGACAAAAAUACGGAUAAGCAUCUCAUUAAAGUUCUACAAGGAGCUCCAGGAACAUGGGGCGGACGAACUCGUACAGCAGGAGUACGGCUCCCUGCUUAUGUCGGAGCCUGAGUCAGGCUUCAACGUCUCCUUGCUCUUGGACCUGGAGAAGUUGCCCGAAGACUGGCAAGUGCUGGUCAAGAAGAUAGGUCUCCUCAAGAGGAACUGCUUUGCGUCAGUCUUCCAGAAGUAUUUUGAGUUCCAGGAGCAGGGUGUUGAAGAUGGCCAGAGGAGGGCUGUUAUACAUUACAGAGAUGAGGAAACUAUGUAUGUAGAAGCCAAGUCAGACAGAGUGACGGUGGUAUUCAGUACAAUCUUUAAGGAUCCUGAUGAUGUAAUUAUUGGCAAAGUGUUUAUGCAAGAAUUCAAGGAAGGCAAGAGAGGGAGUCAAACAGCACCACAUGUAUUAUUCUCUCACAAGGAGCCCCCACUAGAACUUCAGGACUCUGGGGCCAGAGUAGGAGAAAAUAUUGGAUAUAUCACAUUUGUAUUAUUCCCACGGCACACCUGUAAGACUGCAAGAGACAACACCAUAAACCUGAUUCACAUAUUCCGUGACUACCUUCACUACCACAUCAAGUGUAGCAAGGCAUAUAUUCACACUCGUAUGCGCGCCAAGACCAGCGACUUCCUUAAAGUUCUCAACAGAGCGCGCCCUGAACCGAGCAAAACAUCAGGGGACAAGAAAACUGCAACGGGCCGGGCAUUCAUGCGUGCCAACUGAUAGUGGAUAUUGUGUGGUAUACUGUUAAGCCUCAACUUGAUCGAUAUCUCCACCUUUGCUGUGAUUGGCUGCUGGGAGAGUCAAAGGGCAUGGUGUGUAGCAGUGGUUUAGCUCCAUUAGUGCUAGAACUCUCUCUCUUGCUCAUAGGUUGGUUCGACCCCACUGAUUUCAUUAAGCAGAACUCAUUGUUGUUGAACGAGUGACCUCUGGACGAAGGUGCUGGACUCGAGUACGGCCAAUACUUGUACUUGUGUUUUUCUCCUUUUUUUUUCUCUCUCCUCUUUUAUGGUUUUAUUGCACAAAAAAUGAAAAUUAGUGAUGCAUUAGCUGCUAUUCAAUGGCCAUGCAUACUACCAUGUUUCUAAAUGGAAGAAAGCUUUGGCUACUUUGUGUCUCGCUAACUAUAGAAAAUGACUGAUUGUUAGAAACGAGAUGUACGAAGAAAACCACAUUAUCCAGCAGGAUGCAUGUCAGUGUUGUUAGAUACAAUUUUAUGCUGGGAAUUAGUUAAGAAUAAAAGUUGACUAGCCAGGUUUAUCGAAUUAUAAACAGUGAAGAAAAAUGAAAAAUAAAAAAGUUUUAGCCUCAGCUUUUUUAUCGUUUAUGGACAUGGCAAUCUAUAUAACCUGGGCAAACCGCUGCUGUCGUCGUCCGUCUCUUCCCUGUGGCCAUAAUCUUCUUUCUUCCAAUAUUAGGAGCCAAUAUGGGGACUAUUGCCAGGAUGGGGGUCGUAGUUUUAGAAUUUGAGGACGUGCGAAAGAUGUCAGGGCACGACUGCCAACCACCAAAGCUGUAAUAGGUUUAGUUAACGCUUGUUGAUGCUCAUGCAACUAAACCCAUGACCCCUGGUUCAUCAAAAGCUAGGAGUUACCUCAUGGUUUUGUUUUUGUUUUUGUUUUUUCUUUGUUUUCUACAUGUACAGUCCAGGCUGAUGAUGAGCCAGGAUUAAUAUCAAAUUAACAAAGAAGAAAAAAAGUUCUUGGACUGGUGUUGUCAGCCGUUUAUGCCUCUCAGUCAGGAACAUAGGAAACUUUCCAGUAUUUAUUCUCAAUGCCUUGGCUAGAGUAACCAUUUUCUUCUUUGAUUACAAUUGGAAGAAAAAUAAUUUUAUAUUGUAAGGUGAUAUCUCCACUUUGAUUUCUCGGUGUUUAAAAAUAUUUAAAAUUAGGAAAAAAAAAACAAAAAAACACUAUCUCCAAUCCUGGGUCAAGGGUAAAUAAUGGCAGAUCCUGAGCAUUUCACACAAUCAAUUGUUGGUAGGUGUGUGGGGUGACCUUAAAGUAAUUUCAUACUUUUGAAGUUAUUUGUUGAGACACUGAUAAAUCCUACUGUAUUAAUACUGUUGAUGAUGCUUAUAUGCCAUACAACAUUUCCAGAGUGUUGUGUGCUUGCCCUUUUCAUGGUUACUACUAUUAUCUUUUUUUUCCUUCCCUCAUUUAGCCAGUGUCACUGCUCACUUUCUUUCUUUCUACCGUUGUUGUCUUUUUUUUUUUCUUCUUUUUUGUCAUUGGUAAUGCAAAUACUGGUCUCUCUUCCUGCAUUCCCAUGCAUUAUACUAGCUUUAGUUGAAUGUCCCUGAUCCUACCAACCUUGCCCUAGUUCUCUUCCUCCUUCCUAUCUAUUCUGUUAAACAAAAGGAAAUGAUGAAGUGAAAAGGAAAAAAAAAAAAAUAUAUGAUCAGCAAUGACAGUGAUUGUUGAGAUCCCCCUACCUUGCUUAUUUAUGUCUGAGGGAAAUGUUAAAUAGAAUGGUGAACAUUUGUAAAUAUUUUAGUAAGAUGAAAGAAAUUAUUACUAUGGUUUUGCCCUAGAUUCAUCUGACCUUUUUUGUUUAUUUUUUUCUUAAUAUAAAUAAGGGUGCCUUCCCUCAUUAAGAGUUCAUUUACCCUCUUCAUCCUUUGCGGGAAGACGAUGUGAUAAGUGGCAACUGAAGCAAAUUAGUUGUUGUAAAGGGUGACAUUGCUUUUUUUUUUAUUUAAGCACAGGAGAUACAGGUACUCAAAGUGCCUCUGUUAGUAUGAACCGUUGUUGCGUUUGGCAUAACUUUCUCAGAGAGGAUAUGUGUUAUAAAGGUGAAUUUCCCUAUUUUUUGAAUGAGUAUAUUAUCCCUUCUUGAGAGCAGAGUGUGUGUGUGUGUGUGUGUGCAAAUGAUUUCCUCCAUAUAACAUUCCUAACAUUUUGUGCCAUUGUUGUCUUCAUCAUCAUUCUAGCCUGACAAUAGUCUCAUUUUCUUGUCUUUUUUACACUUUUUGGGAUAGUUUAGUCGUAAAUAUCAAAUAUCAGUGAAGGGCUAACUCAUUUAAUUAGUAAGACCUUUAAGUAAAUGCAUCAGCCUCAGUGGGAAAGUUAACAAAUAGCAGGGUCUUAGUUAUACUGACUGGAAAGUGAUUUUCCAAUGUAAUGAGGGAAGGUAUCCCUAUUACCCUAAUAUUCCGAGUGAUUUGUGUUGUUGUUAGUUGAUUUUGGGUAUGAUUGUGUACCAUGCAGGUUGGAUGCGCUUGGUGAUCUCUUUCCACAGAAAUAGUGAGUGUGCGUGUGAGGCAUUUGGGCGUGAUUGGAUUUCCGAGUCUAAAGAAAGCGGGUGUUCUCCUCCUACCCCUUUCCUUCUGAUCCCAUUCCGUCUUUGCUAUUAAUUCUCUCAUUCCUGUCCUCUCAAUCUGUUUCAAAACACCCGCUCUUUGGUAUACCAACGACCACAAUCCAAGUUUUGCUUUGCUGUGUAAUUGUGCAUACGUUUCUUAUGCUUCUCUGGGGGGGUGGGUUUACACCUGCUUGUCACUUCUGCCUCCUUUUUUGCACCUGAGAGGAUGUUAUUAAUGUUGUUUUGCUGCUACAAGGGUCUUUCCAGGAUCACCACACCAUAACCCCAUAAUUAUGCCACUCGUGUCACCUUCACAGUUGGUGUCCUUGACAGGUUUAUCUUGGUUUAUGGGUUUCAUGAACUGAAAGAGUUUAUUGAUACAGAUUGCAUUGGUAUUGUUUUAUAUUUGAUUUUUUUAUUUUUGUUUUUUUCUGUCUCUUUUUCCCUGCCUAUAGUAUAUAUAUAUUUUGAUUUCGAUUUUUUAUUUUACCGGAGAAAAAAGGAGGAUAAUAGUAUUAAAAUAAACCCUGUGAUGAAUGUUUGUCAUAAUAGUUUUUUGUUAUUGUUGUAGUUUAACAUAGUCCAGUGCAAUGACAGA